GUUGCGACCCGGUACACCGUCCGGAGAACAGCCACUCCGGGAGCUGAGAUGCCGCCGCUGCCGCCCGUGCUUCGCCGCGCCCUGCUGGCCCGCCCCUGGAGUGGGGCCAGGCUUCGGUGGAAACACGCCUCCUCCCUGAAGGUGGCCAACGAGCCCAUCUUGGCGUUCACCAAGGGCAGCCCCGAGCGAGAUGCACUGCAGAAGGCCUUGAAGGACCUGAAGGGCCGGACCGAAGCCAUCCCGUGCGUGGUGGGGGAUGAGGAGGUGUGGACCUCAAACGUGCAGUACCAGGUGUCGCCCUUUAACCAUGGACACAAGGUGGCCAAGUUUUGCUAUGCAGACAAGGUGAGUCCCUGGCAACUUUGGGCCCCUGGCCUUCCCGCCUCGCAGGGUAAGACAGUGAUCCAAGCGGAGAUCGACGCGGCAGCCGAGCUGAUCGACUUCUUCCGAUUCAACGCCAAGUUUGCCGUGGAGCUGGAGGGGGAGCAGCCCAUCAGCGUGCCGCCCAGCACCAACAGCGUGGUGUACCGGGGGCUGGAGGGCUUUGUGGCGGCCAUCUCCCCUUUUAACUUCACUGCGAUUGGCGGCAACCUGGCGGGGGCGCCGGCCUUGAUGGUAAGAUAUGGGCCGCGGGCAGGGGUGGCGGGAGCUCAGCAUCAUUCCCGUCUCAACAGAGGGAAGGCCGCACUCGAGCCCCUGAGUUCCCAGGCCUGGGUGCUGCCCAUUUCCAGCUGCCACCACCUACUGGGUCCCCCACCACCUCUGCUGGGACCCCUGCUCGCCUCCUGGGCUGUUGACCCUGGCGUUCCUCACUUGACUUUUCGGCCGCUUCUGGUGGGACCUGUGCCCCACCCCCCACGACCUUCACCCUCAGAUACCCGAGCUGGCUCCCUAAUCCCCACCCUGUCCUCUGAUUUCAGCACCUUUAAAAACCUGUGGAAGCAGGUAGCCCAGAACCUGGAUCGCUAUCGCACCUUCCCACGCCUGGCUGGAGAGUGCGGUGGGAAGAACUUCCACUUUGUGCACCGCUCCGCGGACGUGGACAGCGUGGUGAGCGGGACCCUGCGCUCGGCCUUCGAGUACAGUGGCCAGAAGUGCUCAGCCUGCUCCCGCCUCUACGUGCCUCACUCGCUGUGGCCUCAGAUCAAAAAGCGGCUGCUGGAGGAGCACGGCAGGAUCAAAGUGGGCGACGAACCAAUGACAAGCCCGGGGGACCCCCACUACAUCCUGCGGUGGACGUCGCCCCAGGUCAUCAAGGAGACCCACAAACCUCUGGGGGACUGGCGCUACUCGUACAUGCAGUGA